GUUCUUUAGCUCUUCGUCGUCCCUGCAGACGAGAUUGGGUACCAAGAACCGCGGCUAAUUCACUAUUAAAUACUCUUGACGAUUUAAUCUAGUUGAAAAUGGUUGAAGAACAGAGACGCCGCGUUGAGGACAAGAUGACGAACAUGAUCGAAGACAUUGACAAAACUUAUUUACGGAGAAUGCAGGGGGAUAUGCACCGGUGCGCAGCGAGGUGUUGCGACAACGAGACGUAUAGCAUGCAGAAAGUUCAUAACUGCGUUGAAAAUUGCAGCACACCGCUGAACAAGGCUCAAAAUUACGUUCAGGGUGAACUCGAACGUGUUCAGACGAGACUGCAGAGAUGCGUUAUGGAAUGCAACGACAGUAUAAAAGACCAAAUGUCGCCAAAUCCGACGCAAGAUGAGGUGAACAGGUUCAGCGACAGCUUUGAAAAGUGCGCUACCAAAUGCGUAGAUGUCUAUUGCGACCUGUUGCCUUCCCUCGAAAAAACUAUGAAAAGAAUGCUCGCUGGUUCGAAAUUUGAGCAAUGACGUAAGUCGAUAUUGAUGGUGUAGAAUAUUGGAAUUUUCUAUCCAACAACCGCAUUUAGUUUAUUAUUUUCAUAAUUCUUUGUACGCAAGUUCCAUGCGUAUAUUGUAUGUAGUAGGAAUAAAUACCAAAGGCGGUAUGGGGUCUAAAAAAAGAGUAGUUUUCUUCUACUUGCUCGUUUACCUACAUUCGACUAAUUUCAUAUUUCACAAUGUCUUAUUUCACCAAAUCUUCUCUCUCCAUUCGAAAGGUCGUUCAUUUAUUAUUUACGCCUGCAUCAUUAUAAAUAUACAUUUAUAAGUAUGUACCUACAAUACUGUUUUAUAGAGAAAAGAUCGGAUACCCGGCUACUCAAAAUGUUACAAGUGAUUCUCAUGUUAAUCUAAAUUCGUGGAACGUCUUAUAAAUACUGUACGCAUUGCAAUAUUUCACAGAUGUUCAGUCGAAAUAUAAAACAAGUUGAUGUUAAUCUACUUUUCGUUUUAAUAAAUCUACCUCACUAUU